AUGAAUAAAGAAGCAUUUGAACUUCUCUCAGAUUACAAAAAAAGAAGAAUUGAAGAUGCUUAUUUUGCAGCAAGUAAUAAACAAAUCAGUCCUACAGAUUUCUUUGGUAUCUGUAAAGAAAUUUUAAAUCCAGAAGAAUAUGCUAAUUUGUUCCCACGAAAUACUGAAAUCAAAACUGAACAUUUAGAAGACAUUCUUCAAUAUUCGGGUGUGGAUCUAAAAGAAGAAAACGAAAAAAUCUUAGAAUACAAUAUUUCAUAUGCCAAUGAUGACUAUGAAGAUGUAGAAGGACAAAUACAUUCUCUUUUAAAUGUAAAAUUAUUUAAAGAAUAUGUACAAAAAUUGGCUAAAAAUAGGAAGCUUAUGGUCAGUGAAGAUGUUUACACUUUAUUAUUCUUUAUUUUAAGAAGAAAACUAAUAGAUUUUAUCGAUAAAAUGGAUGAGAUGAGUAAAGUAAGGGUAGAAUGCUUAUUACUUGAUAAAAAUGUACAAAUAAAAAAUGAUCUAACAAGGCAACUGUGGUGCCUAGAGCAGAUAGAGAAAACAGAAAUGGAGAAAUUAAAUCUAAAAAAUACAGAAGAUAAAAAAACUAAGAAAAAAAAUAUACAAGAAAGAGAAGACUUAGUAGUCAAAAAAAAGUUAAGUAAUACAGUGGCUAUGCAAGCACUUGGUAUACAACAAAAAAGUUGGAUGAGUGGAGAAGAGACCAUUGUUAAUAAAAAUAUAACAAAAUUUAAAUCUAUUUAUUCACCAUACGAUGAUAAACAUAUUGAAAAGAAAGUAAAUGCAAGAAUUCUUAAUAUGAAAGAUUUCUUGUGUGUAUUGGAAAGAGAUAAAAGAUAUAAUAAGUCUAUUUUUACUAUACAGCAUUAUUUUAAGUAA